AUGAGGUAUGAAAGACCUUCAAAUUCAACAGGGAAUAUCAGAGGAAAAGAAAAUCAAACACGCGCAGACCUGAGCAGAGAUCUCUUCGGCAGCAAACUGCUUGCCAAUGGCAGGGCAGUCCAGCUUGACGUUCCCGUUGUCGUCGCGGAUGACCCUGUAGGAGACCUGCUUGGACUCCUCGUCCACCUCGAACAUCUUCCUCCCUAUGAACCUCUUCACAGAGAAGAAAGUGUUCUCAGGAUUCACAACCGCCUGUCUCUUUGCAAUCUGCCCCACCAGACGGUCGCCGUUCUUCGUGAACGCCACCACAGACGGUGUCGUGCGCUGCCCCUCCGCGUUUGUCACGAUGGUCGGCUUCCCCCCUUCCAUGGCGGCCACCGCCGAGUUCGUCGUCCCGAGGUCAAUCCCCACCACCUUCUCACAGACCACCCUGAGAGAUCCACCUCCUCCCUUCCCCCUCCCACCUCUCCCCGACCUCAGAGCUCCCACCCUUGAGCUCGCUUCCGAGCGGCGGCUCCCGAAGAAGACCGACCUCGAGGAAGACAUCCUGGAGGCCUUGCCAGACGGAGAGAUGGCAGCUGCGGGGGAGGAGCCCAGGGCAUGA